CUUUGCUCCGAGUGCCAGCCACAUUCCCAUUGCCAAUCCAUCCCGACCGCAAAAACCUCCGACCUACAAUUCCCGCCUGUUUCUUUCGUCACCGUCGAAUGAUCUCCAACCCUCUUAACCUCACCACCUGAUUGAUCUUUUGACAAAGGAGACAACAAAAAGGACAAGCUAUCUCACCCUAACUCGGUCUGCAUCCUUGCAGCAAAUUCGACUACCUCACAUCGCAAAUACAUACACAACCUCCAGCACAAAGAUGAAUGCACCGAGGAUACUCAGCAGAGUGGCGUUUCGUCGCUCCUGCACGGCAUUGCAGUGCGCCUCUGCUCGUCGCGCCUACGGCAGCCCUUCUUUCCAGUCAUACCCUCUCUACUCAAACAACACACUUCCUCCGGCACGAGGCGACGGCAUCCCCGAGAGCUCCAUCGCAUCGCCGGAUGCUCUGCCGAAGGUCAACGAGACGAGACCCCCCAAGAUCCCCUCGCAAAUCGCGACGGCCCACCAACAAUCCUCGACACCGAGCACUCUUUCCUCUACAUCUUCCGCCACACAACAAUCCUCAACGACGACAAAGACGCCAGCGAGCGCUUCCACAACAGCCUUCAAGGCCGCGACGACGUCAUCAACAGCAACCGCCGCCACCACCAAGACCACCUCCGCGCCAAAGAUCACCGAAGCAGCAGCCCAAACCCCCAAGCCAGCCGCCCGCCCAAAGCGCACGCUCCGUGCACGUAAGGCGGCGAUGAAGCUCAGCCCCGCGGCGGUAGAGCAGCUGCGCGCGAUGCUGGACCAGCCGGAGCCGAAGCUCAUCAAGGUCGGCGUGCGGAACAGGGGGUGCUCGGGCCUGGCGUACCACCUCGAGUAUGUCGAGAAGCCGGGGAGCUUCGACGAGGAAGUGGUGCAGGACGGCGUCAAGGUGUUGAUUGACAGCAAGGCGCUGUUUAGCAUUAUUGGCAGCGAGAUGGAUUGGGUUGAGGAUAAGUUGAGCCAGCGGUUCGUGUUUAAGAACCCGAAUAUCAAGGAACAGUGUGGCUGCGGCGAGUCUUUCAUGGUUUGAGGGAGGUUGUCAUACACGACAGACUGAAUGAGCCGCCUGCGAGAGAAGAGACAGCAUGAGCAUGCGCUGCUUUAGUAAGCGGAUCAAUG